GUGAAGAAUGGAAACAUCAGGAGAGUCGUAGACGAGGAUGUGGUGUCCCUCGCCCUGGAGAUCACAGGAACCAACGUCUCCACGACAUUCAUAUGCUCUCCAAAAAACCCCAAAACUGCCCUAGGAAUUUCCCUUCCAUUCAUGAUCAUGAUCAUAAAAAAUAUGAAGAGAUAUUUCACUUUUGAAAUAACUAUUCUUGAUGAUCAGAACAUGCACCGAAGAUUUCGAGCUAGUAAUUUCCAGAGUGUGACACGAAUUCGUCCUUUUGGUAUCGCAAUGCCAAUAUGUCUCUCCCCAGGUUGGAAUCAGGUUCAGUUCAACCUGGAGGAAUUUACCCGACGUGCGUACGGUACCAAGUACGUGGAGACAACGCGAAUGCAGAUUCACGCCAAUUGCAGAUUGAGGAGAGUGUAUUUUGCGGAUAGAUUGUACUCGGAGAUGGAAUUGCCGGAGGAUUACAGAUUAGUCUAUCCAUCGAGCAAGACGGAGAAGAAGGAAGUGGUGAAGGAGAGCUCGAAGACGUCCGUUGGAAGGGCAUCGAGGGCUUCCAGGAGUUGGAGAGGAUAUGGAGAGUACGGGGAGGAGUCAGUGGGUUCGAUUCCCUCGAGGACUCCAGUGUCUCCGGUCAGUCCUGAGGGCUCUUGGAGGCUCUCUGUGCAUGUGCCCUUGGGGCAGUACGAGGAAGAGGACGAGGGGAGUGGAGUCUCGCGAGGGGGGAGCGAAAGGAAAGCCACUGGAGAAUUUGUGAGAGCAUCUGCAGGGGGUCCAGAGGUUUCAGUGAUUCCAGAGGCUCCAGAGGUUCUAGAAGUUUCAGAAGUUCCGAGAGUUUCAGAAGUUCCGAGAGUUUCAGAAGUUCCAGAAGUUUCAGGAGUUCCGGAAGUUCCAGAAGUUCCGGAAAUUCAAGAAGAUCAGCCUCAAGAGACUCUAGAGAACGAGGGACCAGAAGGUGAGGGUGGAGAGAGGGAAAAUAAAGGGCAGAAGGACCUGGAGGUAGUGGAGGAAAACGAAGAGAAGGUCGAGGUAAUUGAGGCAGAUGGAGGAGGCAAUGAAAAUGAGGAAGACAAACCCGCAGUUGUGGAAGAAGAAGAAGUUGAGGCGAACGAGGAAAAUUAAGAGAUUCAUGAUGCAUUGAAAAAAUCUUAAUUGAUUCGGAAUUCUCUUGACUCAUUGAGACACAGAAUAUUCCAAUUUAAUUAGAAUGCAUGGGAUAAUAACGAUCGGAUAUUUAAUUUUGUUU